AUGGGUGACCACAGCUUGAAGACCAAGGAAGGGACGGAGCAGUGCAUCAACUCGGCCAAGGCCUUCAUCCACCCCAACUACAACCCCACCACCCAUGACAGUGACAUCAUGCUGCUGAAGCUCCAGAAACCGGCCCGUUUCACCGACCGCAUCCACCCCGUGGACCUCCCCAAACGUUGUCCUCCACCCAACACCGAGUGCAUCGUGUCCGGUUGGGGCAGCACCAGCAGCCCUGAAGGGUACUUCCCAGAUGUUCUCCAGUGCGCCGUGGUCUACACCAUGCCCAACGAAGAAUGCGGCAAACUCUACCCCAAAGGCAUCACCAAGAACAUGCUCUGCGCCGGCGUCAGCUCGGGGGGCACCGAUUCUUGCCAG